ACUUAAAUGUCCUUUAGCUUCCUUCCUUCCCCACCCACACCACACCCCAAAAGACCCCAAAGCCAAAGGGGACAGAGAGAGAGAGAGAGAGAAAGAUUGAAGAGCUAGAGAGAGGAGUGAGAAAGCUAAUUAAAACCACAGAGUGAAGUGAACUGUGAAUACCAUACUCUACUCUACUCUACUGAGUCUACUCUACUCUUCAUUAUAUUUUGGGUGCUAGCUGCAGAUUGCACAACAAGUUUAGUCACCAGAGAAAUGGGUGAAGAGAAGAAAGAGGAGAAGAAGGAGGAAGAAAAGAAGAAAGAAGGCAAAGACGGAAAGAAAGCAGAAGAGAAAAAGGAAGAAAAGAAAGAAGAAGAGCCUCCGGAGAUUCUACUCAAGGUCGAUAUGCAUUGUGAAGCUUGCGCAAGGAAAGUUGCUAGAGCCUUGAAGGGUUUUGAAGGAGUGGAGGAUGUAACGACAGACAGUAAGGCAAGCAAAGUGGUGGUGAAAGGCAAAGCGGCAGACCCCAUAAAGGUGUGCGAAAGAUUACAAAAGAAAAGCGGCAAGAAAGUGGAGCUCAUUUCACCUUUACCCAAACCUCCCGAGGAGAAGAAAGAAGAACCAGUUAAAGAAGCUGACAAGGAAGAGAAAAAAGAGGAGCCUCCGGCUGUUGUUACAGUGGUAUUAACAGUUCGAAUGCACUGCGAAGCAUGCGCUCAACUUUUACAGAAGCGAAUCCGAAAGAUCAAAGGUGUGGAGUCAGUGGAAACAGACGUCGCUAACGAUAAGGUUGUAGUAAAAGGUGUGGUGGAUCCUGCCAAGCUUGCUGAGGAGGUGUAUAAAAAAACCAGAAAGCAGGUUUCCAUUGUGAAGGAAGAAGAAAAGAAGGAAGAAGAAAAGAAGGAAGAAGAAAAGAAAGAAGAGGAGAAAAAAGAAGGAGAAAAGAAAGAAGGGGAGGAAGACAAAGGAUCAGAGGAUAACAAGUUUGAUAUCAAGCGGACCGAAUAUUGGCCAACAAAGUUCUACGCGGAUUAUUCUUACCCUUCCCCGCAGAUUUUCAGUGAUGAGAACCCUAAUGCCUGCUCCGUUAUGUGACUAUAAAUAAAUAAAGCAUGACUCUAGCUAGUAAGCAUGCAGUAAGAUAUGCCUGCCUGCUGCCUCCCUAUAUAUGCAAUUUUCUACGUACAUGUGCGGUAACUAAUAAGAGACAAUAUUGCAACCUAAAAUUAAGAGUCUAUGCCACCCUUUCUUGGCAUACUAUGUGUAAUUUUAUGUCUAAAUUGCUGUCUGUGGUCUGAGGUUUGAAGUAUAUGUAGUCAUACAAUAAUGAGUUCCCUCUGGCCUAAGUUUGUAUAUCGCAUAUGCUCUAGCUAGCUAUCUCUAAACUUGUGAAUUUUUGGUGUAUCUACUCAAGUGACGUAUAAGUCAAGAAGCCUCUUCCUUAAUUUGAUUCUGCGUGAAUUAUUAGAUGUGAAGAUCUGGGAACAAGACUCUCUCUGCUACUGGACCUUCUCUGUUUAAUGAAUUUCAACUUUCAUGAUCA